UAACUGGUAUUUAUAAACAGCUGAUCCGUGAACAGACAUAAUCCCGGCCCGUAAAGCCGAAUCGAUGUCCGAUGACAAAAAGAUCGCGCUCAAGUUGGCAGACGCCAAACGUCUAGAAAUAGACCGUUUUGUUGUUUAGCGCGGCAGUUAAGUUUUUGUGUUUGCGCGCAUUCCGACCGUAUAAAGCUUUUGGAUACAACAGGUAGUGCCGCCGAGUGGUCUAACGCUUUGAACGCUGCUAAAUCAUAAUCGCUGAAACAUGACGAAAACCACCGAAGAAGCUGGAUACGAUCUCGUCCAAGCUUUACUCAAGUUUCAUGAUGGCACUCAUGGUGCACGAGAACGCAUGGUUCAUAAACCUGGUUGGAAAAUGCUUUUUAUGAUGCUGAAAUAUUUGAACUGCUACCCGGAAUUAACUUCAUUGCCGUAUCAGUUGACUCCGAUUAUACUGCACGUACCACCCGAAUAUCAUCAAAUUGUCCUGAAAAAUCCUAUGAUUGUUAGAAGACGUCAUGUAGAAUUAUUACCCAUCAAAUAUGGUUAUCGAGAAUUUUGGAAGACACAUAUAAACCGUUCGAGGGCGUUACCUUAUCAAUAUUUAUUGUGGGAAGGCGGUUUCGUGCUGAUUGUAUUUUGUUUUUACGCUAUUGGUGAUAAUGUCAUACGUGUGGUAAAUAUCACGAUACAUUUUUCAAAAAAAGACGUACAACCCGAGCCUUUGUGCUAUCAAGAUAAGCUUAUGCUAGAAGAGUGUUAUCCACUGGAUACGUUCAAUCCCGGAUUUGCAUUACCCAAACCUAUAUCAAUCAACACGAAUAGGUGGACAAUUUUGCGAGAGUUAAAAGAAUCCAAUGACAAAAAAGGCAACGAACUGUUCUUAUUAUCGUUGUCGCCUUUAAUGGACGAAUUAUCUGACCAAGUUCUAAUGGACACAAGACGCAAAAUGUUGGAGCUAUUGGAAGAAGCUAUGAGCUGGAAAAGAAAUUUUGAUCGUUAAAAUGCUGUACCAAUCGUGUACUCAGUUAAAAUUUAAAAAUGUACAUGAAAACAUAUUUAUUAGUUAUUUCACUUAUUUGUAACUAUAUUAGGUAUACCUUACCUAUACUACCUACUAUUAGUAACUAUACCUAUGAGUAAGUUUAUAUUUAUAUAUUUAUGAAAUGUUCCCGUUAUAUUUGAUUGCUAUUAUUGACCUCAUAGUAUAUAUAUUAUUAAUGAUUUGUAUUAAUAACGUUGAAGUUUAUUGUAAAGUUAUAAAUAUUUUCUUUUUUAAUACUUAUGUAAUAUUAAGAGGACUUGUGUUAUUGUCAUGCAUAUCGUUAUCUAACGAUUGGUUAUUUAAAUACCUAUAUUGUAAUACAUUAAAGUGUUAGUAUUUCGUCUAUAGUGAUAGCUAAAACAAUACAAGUUGUUGGGGUUAUUACAAGUCGACUAGAGAUUAAUAUCUAAUUUAUGAUCAUAUUUUAUACCUGCAGCAUAAAUGUGUACAAAUUUAACGUAUUAAACACUAUAUAGUGCUGUAUAUUAUA